AUGGGCAACCUGAUAAAGGUAUUGGGCAAAGAUUUAGAAAACUGUCCUCAUUUUUUCCUGGAUUUUGAAAAUGCGCAGCCGACGGAGGCCGAGACGGCGGUGUGGAACCAGGUGAACGCCGUGCUGGAGGAGGCGCAGGGCGUCCUGGCCGAGCUGCAGUCCUACACGGGCGCUGGGCAGGAGAUCCGAGAGGCCAUCCAGAACCCCGGGGACCUGCGGCUGCAGGAGAGGGCCUGGAGCGCCGUGUGCCCCCUCGUCGCCAAGCUGAAGCGCUUCUACGAGUUCUCCCUGCGGCUCGAGAACGCCCUGCGGAGCCUGCUGGAGGCCCUCACCAGCCCCCCGUAUGCCCCCACGCAGCACCUCGAGCGGGAGCAGGCCUUGGCCAAGCAGUUCGCUGAGAUCCUGCACUUCACCCUCAGCUUCGACGAGCUCAAGAUGACCAACCCCGCCAUCCAGAACGACUUCAGCUACUACAGAAGGACCAUCAGCCGAAAUCGAAUCAACAACCUGCAGCUGGAUGCGGAGAGCGAGGUGAACAACGAGAUGGCCAACAGGAUGUCCCUCUUCUACGCCGAGGCCACCCCCAUGCUCAAAACCCUCAGCAAUGCCACCACCAAGUUCGUCUCGGAGAACAAGACCCUCCCGAUCGAGGACACGACCGACUGCCUGAGCACCAUGGCCUGCGUCUGCAGGGUGAUGCUGGAGACCCCGGAGUACCGCAGCCGCUUCACCAACACCGAGACCCUCCUCUUCUGCAUGCGGGUGAUGGUCGGCGUCAUCAUCCUCUAUGACCACGUCCACCCCGUGGGGGCCUUCGCCAAGACCUCCAAGAUCGACAUGAAAGGGUGCAUCAAGGUCCUGAAGGACCAACCCUCGACCAGCACCGAGGGGCUCCUGAACGCGCUGAGGUACACCACCCGGCACCUCAACGACGACACCACGUCCAAGCAGGUCCGGGCCCUGCUGCAGUGA